UAGACAUGUCAUAAUGCAAACUCAGUGGCUGCAGUUAGUAAACUGUCAGGGGGAAGAGGAACCUCUUGUUGGUUCUCCGUGAGGUGGUGCUGUAAAAUUUUGUUCAAUCACUCACACACUCAUUCUUUGCACUGAAGCAAGUACGGCAAUCUGUUAAUUUUAGGGAUGGAGGAAGAAAUCUGUUAUUCUACGGUUGUUUUUAAAAAUGCUGAUACAGCUCCCAAAGAGAAAAAAGAGGACCCAACAAUUUAUUCCGAGGUGAAACCUAAAGUGACAGCUGCUACUGUACCAACUUUCUCCUCAGAAGCAGAUGGUGAAGCAGCUGCAUGCUCUCACUUUUGUGUGUUGGCGGUGUGUUUGGGGAUACUCUGCGUCCUCCUGGUGGCGGGCAUCAGUGCCAUCAUCUACAUCAGUGUGGUAAUGAACAAACAGAAAGUCAACCUCAGCGAACUCAAGGCCCAAAAUCAGCAGCUGAACACGGAGCGGAGCAUCUUACAGAGAGAGACAGAGGAGCUGAGCAGAGUCACAGACAAUUUCAGCUGGACGCUGGGAGUCAUCCUGAAGUUUGACACCUUUCCAGUAAGCGAAUACUGCCCAAAUAAAAAGUGUCAGCCGUGUCGGAAAGACUGGAUUCUGUUUCAGGAAAAGUGCUACCUGUUUUACGAUAAAAAGUCUCCAUGGAAGACAUGGCAAGAGAGCCGAGAGUACUGCCAGAAGACAGCUGCAGACCUGGUUGUAGUUGACAGUCUCGCUGAGCAGAAAUUCAUCAGUACUCAAAUCAAGUACUACUACGACAAGUUUCAUGGAUACUGGAUCGGGUUAUAUGAAAACAAAGACAAAAACUGGGUCUGGCUUGAUGGACGUAACGACACUCUACGGUUCUGGAUGCUGGAGCAACUUGGUACCCCUGGUCCAUGCGCACUGAUGAUCCCCAGGAGCAGUGAUACAGCCAACUGGGACCCAGCGGAGAGUAUAAUGCAAAACAAAUUCAUCUGUGAGAGCGACGUUCUGAUAAGGUCUAAUUAGCAUUACCAACAUAUUCUUUCUCCUCGUGUUGCAUCCAAAACUACAUCUCAGUUUAAAAGAUAUCAAUAUAAAGCAAUAACAGGCUAUAUUAACAAAGAUUUUUAAAUAGCUUGAAGACUAUGUUAUGUUAUGUUAUGUUAUGUUAUUGUGUCUUCUUGAAAUUUGUCAGAUGUCUUUUUGAAUAAAUGUCCAGUUUGCCUGAAGGUGUGAAAGGUGAAGACCUAACAAAUGAUGACAAAUCAGACUAUAUCUUCUACAGUUGUUAGUAUUCACUCUCACAUGAGCAGCCAAAGUCUGUAAAAACUAAUGAUUUCUAGAGUUUAGGAGUCACAGAAUAUACACAAAAAGCCCAGCCCAGCUGAUUCACUGUGGGCAAUUUAAUCAUCUAUCAGUGUAAUCAAAUUUAAAUGACGGCAGCUAGACAUAAGUGACUUUUAAUGGGAAGAUAAUGUGCAUUAUAUUCAAAUAUCACUGUAAUUCAGUGUAGUAUUACUGACUUAAAAGAAUAUAAGUCAAAGAAACUUUUACAUUCUGGUAAAUUAUCCAUUAAUUAUCCUGAUGGUACUCCUCUUGAGGAAAUAGAUCAAUUCAAAUAUCUUGGUGUCUGGCUUGAUUCUCAACUUACCUUUAAAGUACAUAUUGACUCAGUUAUUAAGAAAAUAAACUGCAGCUUGGGUUUACUGUAUCGCUCAAUAAACUGCUUCACUCUACAGAUUAGGAAAAAGAUUGUUACACAGCUUAUUCUCCCUAUACUCGAUUAUGCAGAUAUUGUAUAUCAGAACACUUCAGAAACCAACUUAUUCUCUAUUAGAGUCACUUACAACAACCUUUGCAGAUUUAGUGUAAGAUGUCCGUUCAGAACUCAUCAUUGCACUAUGUAUCAUUCUCUAAAUUGGUUAACACCUGAGUCCAGAAGACAGUUUCAUUGGCUGCAGUUUAUUUUCAAAUGUAUUUAUUAUAAUUACCCCCCGUACUUAAAACAAUAUUUGAUCCCAUAUAGCUCACAGCAUUAUUUACGCCAUACUGACAGCUGUUUUUUCUUUGUUCCGAGAAUCCAGAAGGAAAUUGGCUGAUUUUCCUCUCAAUUUAAAGCUCCGUCAGACUGGAAUACUUUGCCUAAUUUUUUAAAAUCUAUCACCUCUCUUCAUCUCUUCAAGAAAUCCCUCUUUAUUCAUUUACAAAAACCCUGUUUAUGUUUCUGACAUGAAAUAUUGAUAAAUAUCUGUGGUGAACUGUGGAAAAUGACAUCUUCCUGACAAUAAAUGUACUGUAUAUGAUGAUGGGUAUAUAAUAUGAUGGAUAUAAUACCAUUCAUUAUUAAUCUAGAUGGACUGAAUCUAGAUGGGGACAGGGAACGGUUGGGCCAAGAAAGUAUUGUGUGGAUGUUAUUGUCUUGUAAUGUACUGUUUUGUUGUAUUGUUCUGUUUGAUUCCUGUAUGUCUUGUAAUGUAAUGUAAUGCUGUUGCAAUGUUUUGUCUUGUUUUGUCUGUAUACAUGUUAAGGACUCCCUCAAAAACAAGAUGAUUCAUCUUAAGAGACUAUCUUUAAGUAAUUAAAAUAAAAUAGAACAGGUGACAUGUUUCUUACAAUGAUCCAAAAUCUUAAAUCCUUUCAGCAACAUUUACACCAAACAUUUGCAAACUGAUGCAACAAAGUUCCUGUGGCCGUCUUGCUGCAUGUUGUAGCCUCAGUUUCUGGUGUUACAUAAAGAGCAACAUGUCAAAAUAUGUUGUGUAAAAAGAGUUCCUAUUCAGCAUGAAUGUUUAAGCUCCUCAACCUUUGUUUCACCUCAGUUAUAGUCUUGUGUUUUAUAUAUCGUUGUAUAUUGGUUAUAAUAGUUUGUUUAAUCACCUCUGUUGUAUCACAGUCUGACAAUCACACUUUUUUUUCAUACGAAUCUUCAUAUCUCAGCUUUUUCUUCAUUCACUUGUCAUUAUUACAAUUUUUAUCUUUAUUGUUAUUUAACUUUUCUUUUAUUAUUUUUGUCCCGUCAUUUUAUUUCAUGUGAAAUAAAGAAGACAAUAAAAGGA